AUGUCUGGGGUUUCUAGUUCUCCUCCAAGAUUUGCAAACAUUUAUGAAGGAACCAGCACGGGCAAAAUCACGGAUAUUUCGCAGAAUCUUGUUGGGUGUCGCAUAGUUAAAGACGAACAGUUUGGAACGAUUAAAUAUGUUGGUCCAUUAGCUGACUCUAAGCUCAUUUGGCUUGGGGUAGACUGGGAUAAUUCUAAAAACGGCCGCCAUGAUGGGUCUUUCAAGGGUACUAAGUAUUUUAAUACUCAUAGUCCAACUUCUGGUUCAUUCUUAAAGCCAGAAAAAGCCUCUCUUGGUUCGAGUUUAGAGGAAGCCUUAACGACACAUUACGUCCUCUGUGUUGAAUGCCAGAUGAUCACAAAAAAUCCAGCUCUUUUUCAAGCUGGUGGUGAUCCCUUAACUGGCAUUAAGUUAGAAAGUGCUACUGCAGGAUACCUGAAGGCAACUAUGGAUUUAUCUGUGACAGAAUCUCAGUAUUUCGAUGAUCAUAAAGCAUCAACAGACACUCCAUUUACAGUUGAAAUAUUUACCAACUCUUCUGGAGAUUCUUACGAUCAUGGAACCUGUGGAGCAAAGGGAGUUGCAGAAAAGCUUUCUCGAUUACGAUCUGUCUGCCUUCAAGAUAUGCCGGUCUUUCGUGGUUUGAAAGAAAAUGAGGUAUUGGAAAAAGAUGUCCUUUCACUAUGGCCUGAAUCUACUCAGAGUUUGACUCAAUACUUGCCCUUUCUUCGUGAACUGGAUAUAUCACGGUGUCUCUUCUCUAAAUGGGUUGAUAUUGCUCAUAUUUGCAGACAGCUUCCACUGUUGAAAAAAUUGAAUGUUGGGUCAAAUUACCUAAGACUUCCAAGAUCUACGGAGGAUGAGCUCUCCGAUAUCUUUGAACCGAAACGUCGUUUGAUUCUAGACAUUGACAGUGAUGUUGAAAAAGCCGAAGCCUUAUGUUCUUCGGCAUUCAAAUCUCUUACUCGUUUAGUUACAGUGCAGAUGCCCUCAGAGAAAGAUGGUUUUAAAUUUGGUUGGGAUGAAAUUACACGAAUUUUAAGUUGGAUGCCAUCACUGCAAGAGCUAUGUAUAGCUUACAAUGAGCUUGGUGAUCUCCCAGAUCCUUUGUCUGAUCUUGGUAGUCGACUUACUCCGCUUUUGUUUAAACUUACUGAAGUUGACUUGACGGCAACUGGAUUAACAAAUUUUUCUUGUGUGUUGGCCGCAUUUGGUGACUCGAAAAACUUAAAAAACCUAAUUUUGAGUGGAAACAAAUUCUCUAAGUUGAAUCUUCCUGUGGAAAAAAUUGUCUUUCCUAAUUUGGAGGCGUUAACUCUAAGGGAUAAUCUCAUUAAUGAUUGGGAAACAGUAAACGAACUCGAUCGACUUCCCUCCCUUACUAACUUAAUCCUCUCCCAAAACCCCAUUAUAGAAUCACUUUUACCCCACUCUUCUUACAGGGAAAUUGCACGACAAGAAAUGAUUGCUCGUCUUCCCAAAUUGAAGUGCCUCAAUAGACAGGACAUUGAACGCAAUGAGAGAAGAGGAGCUGAAUUGGACUUUCUAAAGUGCUACGGUAAGGCGUGGAUAGAAUCUGGAAAGCUGGGGGAAGAGACAAGGCUUGAGUUUGAAAGGAAGUAUCCCACAUUCAAAGCCCUUUGCGAUAAGCAUGGGGCUCCGGAUCAGGAUGAAACGAAGACAAUCAUUCGUUCACUAAAAGAAGGGUUAAUUGAGCUAAUCAUAUCUUGCGAGCCGCCAAAUGGAAGGAAUCUCGAAGUGGUUAGACGUCUUCCAUCUCGGAUGACUGUGAAGCAUCUUAGAUCACUCGUUCGUCGUCUCUUUCAUCUACCAUCUACAGCAAGUAUUGAUCUCGUGACGAUUGGUUCUCGACCUGGGUUUGAGAAUGCAGAAGUACCACUUGAUAUGGAUACUAGGGAAAUUGGCUUCUUUGGCGUUGUUAGUGGUGAUAAAAUUGUUGCUCGAUGGUCGUCUGAGUAG